AUGCUGCUCAUGGACUCGGCGCGCCGCGCCGGCUGCUCCCCGGUCUGCUUGGACCUCAGCGUCGGCCUUUCGCCGUCGUCGCCGGGGAGCAGCCCGGAAACGACAGCUGACACCGAGAGGCUUGACCGUCCGCCCGCCGCUGGCUGCAGGGUGACAUCGUCCCUGUCUGAGGACCAGGCCAAGACUCUGGAGGCCAGGCUCACCCAGGUCAGCGAGGAGAACCGGCGGCUCACCGAGAUGAUCGCCUACCUCUACGCCAGCCAGGUUGCGCGGCAGAGCCCCGACAGCAGCAGGAAGAGGAGCAGGGACAGCCUGGAGCCGUCAAAUUCGAGCGACGCCAACGGCAACGGCAACGGCAGCGGCAACACCAAGGCCGAGCCCGACCAUGCCGUCGAGAGCGCCCUCAGCGACGAGGGCACGUGCAGGCGGAUCAAGGUCACCAGGGUCUGCACCCGGAUCGACCCCGCCGACACCACGCUCGCCGUCAAAGACGGCUACCAAUGGCGAAAGUACGGCCAGAAGGUGACCCGCGACAACCCGUCCCCGAGAGCCUACUUCCGCUGCGCAUACGCGCCCUCCUGCCCCGUCAAGAAGAAGGUGCAGAGGAGCGCGGAGGACAGCUCCUUGCUGGUGGCCACGUACGAGGGCGAGCACAACCACCCGAGCCCGACGCGCGCCGGCGAGCUUCCCAUCGCCGCCUCCGCCACGGCGAGCGGGCCAGUGCCGUGCUCCAUCUCCAUCAACUCCUCCGGCCCGACCAUCACGCUGGACCUCACCAAGAACGGAGGGGGCGGCGUGCGGGUGCUCGACGCCGCCGAGGCGCCCGACCUCAAGAAGCUGUGCCAGGAGAUCGCAUCGCCGGAUUUCCGGACGGCGCUGGUGGAUCAGAUGGCGCGCUCGCUGACCAAGGAUCCCAAGUUCACCGACGCGCUGGCUGCCGCGAUCCUGCAACAACUGCCGGAGUACUAG